UCAGUUUCGAUUCCUUCGCUGCUCUCUGAGCACCGCGCGGUGGUGUCUGCCGCUGUCCCAGCGCGUCCCGUCGGGUGCCCCCAGGAGCGCGAUGGCCGAGCUGGUUCCUCUGGCCGAGGAGCUGUCGUGCUCCAUCUGCCUGGAGCCCUUCAAGGAGCCCGUCACCACUCCUUGCGGCCACAACUUCUGCAGGUCGUGCCUGGAUGAGACGUGGGUCGUCCAGGGCCCGCCGUACCGGUGCCCGCAGUGCCGCACCGUGUACCAGGUGCGCCCGCAGCUGCACAAGAACACGGUGCUGUGCGCAGUGGUGGAGCAGUUCCUGCAAGCCGAUCAGGCGCGGGCGCCCGUGGACGACUGGACGCCCCCUGCCCGCUCCGCCACUUCCAGCUCAGCCACCCAGGUGGCCUGUGACCACUGCCUGAAGGAGUUCGCAGUGAAGACGUGCCUCGUGUGCAUGGCCUCUUUCUGCCAGGAGCACCUGAGACCGCACUUCGACAGUCCCGCCUUCCUGGACCACCCCUUGCAGCCACCCGUCCGUGACCUGCUGCGCCGCAAAUGUCCCCAACACAACCGCCUUCGGGAAUUGUUUUGCCCGGAGCAUGGCGAGUGCAUCUGCCAUAUCUGCCUGGUAGAGCACAAGACCUGCUCCCCAACACCCUUAAGCCAGGCCAGCGCCGACCUGGAGAACAAACUGCGGCAUAAACUCUCCAUCAUGCACAGCCACAUCAGCGGGGCAACCCGAGCACUGGACGAUGUGAGAGCCAAGCAACAGAGUGUGCACGACUCUAUGAGUAGGAAGCUGGAACAACUGAGACAAGAAUAUACGGAGAUGAAGGCUGUCAUUGAUUCGGCAGAGACCGGCUCCACACGGAAGCUGAAGGAGGAGGAGAAGAGGGUCUUCGGAAAGCUGGAAACCAUCUACCAGGUUCUUGUCAAGAAGAAGAAUGAGAUGCAUGACCUGAAGGCAGAGGUUGAGCUCACCCUGGCCAAAGGGGACGAGUUUGAGUUUCUGGAGAAAGCUGCAAAGUUGCAAGAAUUGUCAACGAAACCAGUCUACAUCCCCAAGAUUGACCUAGACCACGAGUUGAUAAAGGGGGUCUACCAGGGCGCCAUGGACCUCAAGAAUGAGCUGAAGCGCUCCCUCAAGCAGCCCCAGGAGAAGGCUGAGGAGUCCGUUGGCCCAGGUGGCGUGGGAGGUCAUGGUCCGGAGUCCACAUCCAAGCCUACACGCCCUGUGAAGAAGCCCCAACAGGAAAAGAAGACCAAGAAACCCCCUACUGCUCCUGGACCCACUCCCAGCUCUCCCUCAUCCAACACGCCCACCUUUGGAGCUCCUGGGCAGUCAAUGGACUUUAAAACAACUAUCCCUGAUGCCACGCCCAAACCCAACACCCCACAGCCAAACUUGACUGCGCUCAAAGCCAAGAUGCUAGAAAACUUCUUAGCCAAGUCCAGAGCCCAGCUUCUGGAGUAUGCCGUGAAAGUCAUCUUCGACUACAACACUGCCCACAACAAGGUGACUCUGACCGACAACUACACCACCGCUUCUGUGGCCGAGGGUCUUCAGCAGUACCGCACCCAUCCCCAGAGGUUCACCUACUGUUCUCAGGUCCUGGGGCUGCACUGCUACAAGAAAGGCAUCCACUACUGGGAGGUGGAGCUGCAGAAGAACAACUUCUGCGGGGUAGGCGUCUGCUACGGCAGCAUGGAGCGGCAGGGCCCCGAGAGCCGGCUGGGCCGCAACGCCCACUCGUGGUGUGUGGAGUGGUUCAAUAACAAGAUCUCGGCUUGGCACAACAACGUGGAGAAAACGCUGCCCUCCACCAAGGCCACGCGGGUCGGCGUGCUUCUCAACUGCGACCACGGCUUUGUCAUUUUCUUUGCUGUCACUGAGAAGGUCCACCUGAUGUACAAGUACAAGGUGGACUUUACCGAAGCCCUGUACCCGGCCUUCUGGGUCUUCUCUGCGGGCACCAAGCUUUCCAUUUGUUCUUCCAAGUAGGCAAGCCGCUAGGCCAGCCUCAGACACUUGGGCUUGCCGAGGAACAUCCAAGACUGGUUAAAACACCGUAGAAGGGAUCCUCCCAGGAGAACUUCCGAGUCCCUGACGGAUAGGCGAUUUGGCGGGGACCUGGGGAAGAGGCAGAGAGAAUAAGAUGGGGAGAUUUGGUUCAGAAAGGGGGUGGGGUGAUUGUCUUGUGGGUGGGGAAGCAUAUCUACCUCCCGGUGCCCCUGAGGACAGGGUGACCCCCUCCCGGUGUUCUGGGAAAUCUCUCAGGCUGCUAGCUACUUGGGCAGAGCUGCAGAGAGUAAAAUCGUUAGUGUUCCUGUUGUCUUUUUCUUUCUUUUUUUUUUUCCCCCAAGACAGGGUUUCUCUGUAGCUUUAGAGCCUGUCCUGGAACUAGCUCUUGUAGACCAGGCUGGUCUCGAACUCACAGAGAUCCGCCUGCCUCUGCCUCCCGCGUGCUGGGAUUAAAGGUGUGCGCCACCACCGCCUGGCAACUCCUGUUGUCUAGCAGAAAGUCUGUAGCCAUGUUUUCUUUCAGGUGAUGGAUGUCCACUCUUUGGGUUAGUCUUCAGACCCUCGUGUUUUGAUUAUGCCCUAGAUUUAAAAAAAAAAAAAAAAAGAAAAAGGCCAGGUGUAGUGGUCUAGCUUCUAGUUCCAGCAUUUGGGAAGCAGAGACAGGUGGAUCUUUAUUAGUUUGAGACCAGCUUGGUCUACAUAGCGAGUUUCAGGACAGCUGAAGCUACAUAGUGCGACCCUGUCUUAAAAAACAAAGAAAAAAACAUGCAAACAUCCAGUUUUGGGGAUCAGCAUGUAUCACAUGCUUUACUACUGAGCCUAAUCCCUACUCUGAGUUUCCAUAUAUCUCUUCCUCCCGGGAAUCUUUUGUAGGUGAGGCUUCAAACUCUGAUCUGUAUCAGCUUGUGUCCAUGAACUCUGAUCUGGUUGAGAUGGAAUCUCUCUCUCUCCAAGGGCAUCUCACCAGGGACAUGUUGACUGUGGCCAUAGAGCUGGAGGCCUUUCUUCCCAUAGCCUGUGCUGAGAGUGGGGGUUGGGGAGCAGAAGAACCCUGGCUGGAUUCACGGGACCCUGCUGGCUUUGCUCUUACUCAUGUCUUGCCUUGAUUGCUGUCUUCAGCAGUAAUGUCCCCUUCCUCCAGAUUGUAGAUACUGGACUGUGGCUAUACAUGUCACCCUUUGUUAAGUGGCCAGCCACACCUCAUUCCUAUACCCUACCAUCAUGCAGAUGGGCUUCAUGUGGUUGCUUCAGGAGCCAUGCGAGAUCACCCACUGAGGUGACUCAGUGGCCUGAGGACCAGUGAGAGACAGCCAUUUUCCUGUUUUUCCCUUAGCCACAUACUGCAGGCCCAGUGCUGAGUCCAAGACUCAUCACCUAACCUGGACCAUUCUGCUGUCUUUCUCAUUUGAGCCAAUUCCAGAUGCUCAUAUAGACCAAACUGUAGGUUAGGAAGACCUUUUUAAGAUAAGAAAGAAAGAAAAAAAAAAAAAAAGGAGGGUCCAGCCAGUGGCUGUUUUCUCUGCGGUCUUUCAUGCAAUGAAAAUAGCCCAGGCCACUAAAGGGCAGGGAUGGAUGACCGAAAUCUCCCCUCCCUUCUUCUGUACUGACGUCAAAUCCAGAACCUGUGAGGAUUUGGACUCUUGUGACAGGAGUCUAGCUCUCUUUCCUAUGUGGGGAGCUCCCUUUUGUAAGCCUUCCUAUGAAGAAAGGUCACUAUGGGGAAGGUGGGGCCCCUAGACUUUUCAUAUGGAUGGAUACUUGAGAACAUAGCACAUCUCAGAUCUAGUAAUGGAAUUCCAGAGCUCUCAGCAUUGGCAUUCCUGACAGAUGUGUGACCUGUGUCCUCUCCCAGAGGAAUGUUCUGUUCCCUGGGAGUGUCUUUGCAGAGACCAUGUCCCUGCAGAUGAUAUGUGGCCUUUGAAAAGUUUUUUUUUCCUUUGCUACACAAAUUCUUGGUGAUUCUUCUCUGAAUUUGAAGAUGUCUAAAGGCAUCUUCGCCAAUCUUCCGAAACAAAACCUGUUUGCAACCAAGUCAGACUUGGGAAACAUUUAGGUUUAGAGAAGGAGAAUGCCAAGGUUCACUGAGGGGUCCUGCUUGGGCUCUAAUGCAGAAAUGAGACCAGCAGUCAAGACUCUUCCCAGGCAAUGUGCAGCUCAGGCCUGGGACAUGUGUCCCUCUGUUUAUGAGAGUCAAGCAGGCCACCAAAGCCCAGAGCUGUUCGAGGUGCUUUGGAGUUGUAAGUGGAGGAGUGUACCCUUGCUGUCUGGUACCUUUCUGUUUGCAAUGGUAAGACCUCCCCUUCACCACAGCCGUUUCUUUCAUCCUGUACCACAGGGUCCUGGAAUGGACAGAAGCUGUGUAUUCAUCUCACCCCUCCUUGUGCAGAAUCGGGCAGGUGGGAAGGUGGAGGAUGGAUGGCUCUGGUCACCGCUCUUGUCAUUCCAACAUGGCAGAGAUGCCUAACAUGGGUGACAGGAAAACCCCAGGGUCCUUUAGACAUACAGAACUUGCCAGAAACGUUGAUGUAAAAUCCUCUCCGGCAUGAUAAACUAAAGGUCCAGUCUUUGUAUUAUUCAGGACUGGCUGACUAGUCUUUUUAAUUACUUGGAGAUUGAUUUUCAAUCUGUUACUAAUACUGGGGUUAUCUUUUACAUCAUUUACCUCUCUAUUGAUUUUAGUGAAUUACUAAUGUUUUAGCUGAUGACUUCUUGAACGUAGUGCUUUAGAGGCGACUCAUUACCAAGAUAAUCAUCAUAAACAGGGCAAGGCUGGCCGGUCCUCACUCUGAAUGCAGUGAAGUAGAAUUCUGUGUCCCUUGGGGAUUGAGGUGGGGGGGGGGGAGAAAUUGUCCCUUAAUCUGAAAUCUGCUGAUGAUGUGCCCACCCCCUGAAAGCUACUGCCCAGCGCCUCUGGGUGCUCAGGCUCCACUCCAGAUCCCUUGAAGCCUACCGUAGUGUAGCGGCGAUUGCAGGGAACUUUGGGGAAGUAAUACUCAGAGAGAGGGUGUGGGGGCUUAGCUUCAAAAGAUAAUGCCAACGUGGAACAUUGUUGAAAAGUAAGCCCCGUUUGAGUAACCAACAAGGAGAGAUGGGAACCCGGGGCCUGUUUUCUUAUUCUUCCUACUGUUGUUGCAUAGGCUCGAACAUUUCUAUCGUGAAAAGUUCAAUAGCGAAAUGGAAAACAGGCCAGACCAGAAGAUGGACCCCAUUCAUGAUCUUUUCUACAGAGGAAUGGGUGUCUCAGGAAAUGGUGGCUAUUAAAGGAUUUGGCUGGCCUUUGUCCCUGGUUUGGGGGCAUGUGGUGGGGGGGUGUUAAGUCCUUGGAAUUUCCUGAGAGGAUGGACUGUCAUUGUUAUUUGUCUCCCUGGUGGGAGAUGGCCAAGGGUGGCAACUGGCCAAUAUAAAGACCAGCUUGAUUAGAGGGUUGAGGCAUUGAGCUUGAAGGACCCCUCUGGGGGAGAAGAGAGAACUGGGGAUUGAGGUGACUCUGAGACCUCUGGGAAUCCUGCCCUGGUGGAGACCUAGUGCAUCUUCUCUGCAGAUGGGCACAUACAUGGCUGUGCUUCAUUCAGGCUGAUGCACUCUUGUCCUAGGGUGGCCGGGCAAGGAAGCUCUGUGCUCCAGACCCCUCCAGACCUUGCCCUGUUUGUGUUUCUAUGUUACUUUUCCUGAUUCUUUUCAUUUUAAUAAAGUUAAAAUCAUAAAUACA